AUGGUUUCUGCCAAGAAGGAGCCGGUGAAAGCGAUGAGCCCCAGUUACACCUUGACUCUAAUCUACUUUUUCUGCAUGGCUACUUGUGUAAAGAAAAUAUCAGGACAAACCAAAAAGGAUGAGAGACUCUAUCCGGAGAAUUUCACCCGCAUCCUGGACCGACUCCUGGACGGCUAUGACAACAGGCUGCGACCUGGUUUCGGGGGUCCUGUAACUGAGGUCAAAACAGACAUUUACGUGACCAGCUUUGGGCCCGUGUCGGAUGUUGAAAUGGAGUACACCAUGGACGUGUUCUUCCGGCAGACCUGGGUGGACCGCCGGCUGACGUACGAGGGUCCGGUGGAGAUCCUGAGGCUCAACAACCUGAUGGUCACCAAGGUGUGGACCCCCGACACCUUCUUCAGGAACGGCAAGCGCUCCGUCGCCCACAACAUGACCGCACCCAACAAGCUGUUCCGCAUCAUGAAGAACGGCACCAUCCUAUACACCAUGAGAUUGACAAUCAGUGCAGAGUGUCCGAUGAAGCUGGUGGACUUUCCCAUGGACGGGCACGCCUGCCCCCUUAAGUUUGGAAGCUAUGCAUACCCUAAGACAGAGGUGAUCUACACAUGGACCAAAGGACCUGAGCACUCGGUGGAAGUCCCCCCAGAGUCGUCCAGUCUGGUCCAGUAUGACCUCACUGGGCACACCGUCUCCAGUGAAACCAUUAAAUCCAUCACGGGUGAGUACGUGGUGAUGACAGUUCACUUCCACCUCAAGAGGAAGAUGGGCUACUUCAUGAUCCAGACGUACAUCCCCUGCAUCAUGACAGUCAUCCUCUCCCAGGUGUCCUUCUGGAUCAACAAGGAGUCGGUGCCGGCGCGGACCGUGUUCGGCAUCACCACGGUGCUCACCAUGACCACGCUCAGCAUCAGCGCGCGCCACUCGCUGCCCAAGGUGUCCUACGCCACCGCCAUGGACUGGUUCAUCGCCGUCUGCUUCGCCUUCGUCUUCUCCGCCCUCAUCGAGUUCGCCGCCGUCAACUACUUCACCAACGCCACGCAGGAGGGCAAGAAGAAGGCCGCCCGCUGCCCCCCCGUCCCCCAGAGCACCCCGGUCCGGACCCUGGAGCCCGAGGGGGCCGGCGCCCUGCAGAACCCUGACUCCAACGGUAACCUGAGGAAGCGGAUGAACUACGCCUCCCAGCAGGACGUCGGCGGGCCCCGGCCCGGCCCCCACGCCCUUCCGGGCGGGGCGGGGGGGCGGGCCCGCUCCCGGGCAACCCACGCAGCGGCGGCGGGCCUCAACGGCAGCUCGACCACCCUGUCCCGGGGAUCCAGCCCCAAGUCGGAGGGCCAGAUCAGCGCGGCCUCCUCCUCGGUGCAGCUGGUGAUGCGGACCGCCCAGCCCGCGCCCGCCCCCGCCCGGGCCGCCGCGCCCGACGUGACGGCGGAGACGCCCUCCAAGCAGCAGGCGGCGGCGGCGGCGUCCUCCUCGCUGCAGCACCUGCUGGGACCCCGGCUGGAGCGCAUCCAGGCCACCCGCAAGGAGCCCAAGCAGUCGCCCUGCUCCCAGCCCUCGGCCGCCGGCAUGGGCGGCACCAGCAAGAUCGACAAGUACGCCCGCAUCCUGUUCCCCGUGUCCUUCGGCGCCUUCAACAUGGUGUACUGGGUGGUGUACCUGUCCAAGGACACCGCGGUGGCCCCCGGAGGGUGA